GAGAGUUAAAUGUGCGUGGUUUUUGUGUAUAGAGAAGAACCACGUGGUACAGGCCUAAGAUGAGCAAUUAUGCCAUUAUACAUACAUAUUUGUCACUGUCAUCGAAAACGCAACAUAAUUACUUAAAUUCGCAUCUUCUGGACAGUAUUUUCGUGGUGUUUAGAUGAAUUUGAGCCGAGUACUGUGAUCAAAGGAGUCAAUCAACAUGCCAAAUUUGCGUCUUGUCCUGUCCAUAGCUUUGCCCUCAGUCACGGCACUGCUGGGAUUUCUCUACUUUUUUGGUCGAAAAAAAGACAAGGGGAAAGAUAGAAGGGCUAUCACUUUUGACAAGGUCAAGGACACUCCCAACAAGGUUAAGGACACUUCCCAAGAGAAAGAGUACAAUCACAGCAAUGGUGGUGUUGAAGAAUACCAAACAAAUGAAACACCAGAUGUCAGGCAUAGAAGCUCUGAUCAGAUUCUGCAAAACAGAGAAAGGGACAAACAUGACAGACAAACUGCCAAUGGGCAGAAACCGGUUAGCAGAGAACAAGAUUUCAUGAAAGAUGAAAUACACAGUGUGUACAUAUCAUCUGUUCAAAGUCUGCCGGAGUCCACCGAUUUAGUCAAAGACACUACGCAAGAACCUCCAAGUGUGGCAGAGGAUGUUAAUUCCAGUGAACAAACUCCUGGGUUGAAGGAUACCAGUAUUUGGGAUACAGCCGAGUCUCUGCCUACAGUAGUGUCGCCAUCUAGUUCUAGUUCCAUGUCAUCACCAGGUGAGUCUCCUCGUGCAGAAUCCGAUGUUGUCUCACAGAACGAUGUACCAGUCUCAUCCACAGAACCUCUGGAUUCUGUACAUACCUCAGACUACACCACUGUAAGUGCUAGUAAGACUCUUGCCUCACCUAGUGAAAGCUCUCAGGAAGGAGUUGGUGCUAAAACUCUCAACCAUGACGAUUUGGUCCCUGUGGCAACAGACGUUUUAUCAAAUGACGGAGUGUCAGAUCAGAUCUCUGUUUCCAAAGAUGAUCAUAUCCAAACCUGUAAAAGUGAUCAAAUUUCUGCCAGUAAUUCCCACAUUGAAGCCAGCUCAUCUGUGAUUGGUGAACCAUCUAGUUCAUUGGACGUUUUAUCUACGACUGUCAGUGUUGACUCUGUUGAGGCAUCCAGUGAUCACGAGUGUGUUGGUGCAGACACGAACAAGACAAUGGACAGUUCCAUCUCGGUGGACAGUUCCAUCUCGGUGGACACUGCAUCAUCAAUGCUGUCCCAAGAGAAAGUUCCCGCCAGUUCUAGUGCUGCCAGUUCAACGGGAGCAGACACGACGUUAGGUGCAGAACGAUUAAUGGAUCAAAAUGGUAGUGCGGCCAUCGCUGGAAGUUCAGAGUCCCCAAGCUGUGAUAGUAAUAGUGAGGCUUCCAAUGAUAGCGGCAGAGGAGGCAGUGUCUCUGAACCAAUGCCGCCCCCGAUGAUGGUGUCCGAUACUGUCAGAUACGAGUUCAACUUUCCCUCGGAAUUGUGCGGUCGUCUGAUCGGCAAGAAUGGUCGCAACAUCAACCAGGUGAAGGAGAGGUCUGGGGCGAACAUUGCACUGAAGAACAACCCAUGUACACCAAACUACCAGAUUUGUGUCAUCGAGGGCAUGCAGUCCGAGAUUGAUAAAGCGCUGGUGCAGAUCAGGAAGAAGUUCCCGCGUGGCCAGUUCCCCCAGGUGGACUUCACCCCCCUGACGCAGGUGGUGCAGGACACGCCCAUCCUCAUGCCGGACAUUAUGCAGCUGAACCUACCAGAGGGUGUCUCGGUGGACAUUGUGGUGUCCAACAUCGUGGACGCUGGCCACAUCUUUGUCCAGCAGCCAACACACCCCACGUUCCCGUCCUUGGAGCGACUGAACCACUUCAUGAUGGCCUGCUAUACCCAGGACCAAAUGGUGCCCCCUCUGCCCAGGCCAAUAGAAGUUGGUGUGAUCUGUGCAGCAUUCAUGGUUGACGGUUGGUUCCGAGCACAGGUUGUGAAUGUGAAUGAGAGUUCGGAUGAGGUGGACAUCAAAUAUGUGGACUAUGGAGGUUACGCACGGGUGCAAGCUGCCAUGUUGAAACAAAUCAGGAGUGACUUCAUGACCCUACCAUUCCAAGCUGUCGAGUGCUACAUGGGGAACGUGACACCUCUACAAGAGGAGGAAUAUUUCAGUGACCAAGGCAGUACAGUGUUGGAAGAACUGACCCAAGGCAAACUACUUCAAGCUCAAGUCAUUAACCGUGCGGAGGAUGGUAUUCCAUACAUCCAUAUCUACCAGAUCAGUGGAAACAGGGUGCUGUUUAUUAACAGAGAAAUGGUCAACCGGAAAGCUGUACGGUGGAUUGAGAUCCUGCAGUAGCCAGAACCAUCAAACCACAUCCUUGGUUGAGAGACGACCCCCCCCCCCCCCCCUCCAACAAACAAUCAUAAUGCCACAAAAACUGACGAUCAAGUACAACAAAACCCAUACUUGCUGCUGUACAUAGUCGACUAUCAACCAGAUUACAUUUUCAUUUAAACUGUAUUCAAUUUCUAGUCUUGAAGACCUGAUAUAUCUGAACAAAUGCUGACACAGCAGUUUAAUGCAUUCUCAUUGACUUGAGCAAUGACUUCAGGGGUGUGAUAUGAGAUUUUAUCACUUAGACAUACUUGUUUAUAUUUUUUGGGUUUACGGAUUUGGUGCUAACCAAUUUGCUUAGGAUGGUCAAAAUAUAAUAGAUUUUUGCACCUCAAUAUUUUUAGCUCACCUGACAUAGUUUGUAAUGGCCUGUUUUUCUGGCAGAAAAUACACACUUGACCAAAGAUGCUGAAAGUUACUGUUUAUUCCCACCAUAGAUGGAACCUGAAUGUUCAUGAGGUUUGAGUCCAACAUUUAAAAUGGCCAUUGCACCCAAAAAACUGAUUAAUGUCCCUUACUCUGCCAUCUUUUUCAAAAUGUUUCGUAUAUUUGAUAUAUAUAUGUAGUUAGAAGUAAAUGUUCUGGUUUUCUUUUCUAUUUUGGCCUUAUUUGAACUUAUUUGACCUUCACGCUUUAAUCAGGUCCUGUUUAUCAUCUCAAAAGGCAUUCUCUUCUCUCUCAACGUCUUUUUAUGUGAAAUUACUGAUGAAACUGAAAUUUGAUGUGCAUGUUCCUUCUGAUGACAUAUUUUGUUCAAAUCUUGAUUUUUACACAAAAACGAUGACAUCCAUUAAACAUAUUUUGAAAAUAAGAAACAAAGUUGUUCAUGGCCAGUCAGCUUCAGUGUCAGGCAAUUUUGCAUAAAUAAGUAAUUUUAGCAUAAACUCUACCUCUAGAAUACAAUAGUGAAGAAGGUUUUGUCUGUUUCCUUGAUUCAAGUAUUGCAGUUUUAAUUUAAUUCACUUUGGAUAUGUCACCAUUAUGAGGUUUAAGUGUCAUAAAAACAAUUCUUUGUAAAUCAGAUUGGCAACAGAGCCGUGUGGCUCUAUUUUUGUAUAUUCCUAUCCGUAAACCGAAAAAUUAAGAAUAGGGUCCAAGCAGGACUUGUUAGGCAUGUUGAGUGGUACAUGAACAAGUGAAAUGCGAGAAGAGACAAAAAUCAUUUUUGUGACUGUUGUCAUUGAUGAAAAACUUGAAGUCAGAUUGAGUGUGAUUCGAGACACAACAGCAACAUUUGUGACUUCGGCCAUGGUUGUAUAUUUUGCUUUGUAUGUAUAGAAAACUGCCAAAUUUAUGUCUUUAGUCGUCAUGACGAAGCCAAUUAACAGCUGCUCUGUUGUUUGAUAUUUUUGGAUGUUUUCAUCAGUGGAUGUGUUGUGUUGUCUAUGAAAUAUUUUUUGGGUUGUUUUUUCUGUUAUGUACUCUGUUUACAUCAGAAUGUGCUACGUCAGUGCUAAGUUUGACACCAUGUAGAAUUAUGUUUUAGUUUUGUACCUUGAUUGAACUCAUCUCCUCCAGCUGACUGUAUGUUUGAAACUGAUUGUGGUUUAUGUUAUCGUCGAUAGUAGACUGUAAAUGAUGAUCAAUUCUGUGAUGAAGGUUUAACCCAGAUCAAAAAAUAUUUUGCUUUCUAAGUCAAUCACAACCGUUUUCUUUUAUUAUUAUUAAGGGACUAACCAUAUUGAUAUUUGGGGAGGGGGGCAGAAGAAUAAAUAUAUUCCUCCUCUUCCCCGUUCCUCCUCCCUCCAUCCUCAAAAUAACAAAUUGCCAACAAAAAUCUGUUGGUUUUGUUUGUUGGUUUUUUUAUUGGAUUUGUUUUUUAAUUUGGCUUAUGGACCCUCCGGCCCCACAUCUUGACAAAUUUCAAAAAGAUCAAAUGUUGACAGUUAGGGGCAGUAACUCCAGCCACAUCCGGGUCCCUUGCCUUCUCAUGGCAGAAUGUUUUGAGUACUUUUAAAUAUUUUUUCCGUACCAAACUGAAUUAUUCAGUAGUAAAUUUGUAAACCAAAUUUUUUAACAAAAAGCAGGAAAUGGAAUAGCCUGAUGCAAACUCCAGGCCCACCAGAAUAUUAAUUGGUCAGUCCCUAAUGUUUUUUACUCAUGCAUUUAAUCUCACCAAUAAUAAGAUAUUCAAGAUAAUUCUAAGGUCAGUAUAUUCUAGUCCUGUUGAUGCCGUGACCAUUAGAGGAGGACAUUAAUUGCUCAAACUGCUGCUUGCUGAAGUAGUUUUGUUUUCUGUAAAGACGCAUUUGUGACAGUUAUUGCAGUGAAGCUACUAAUAACUGGUACAUAUUGUAUCAGAUGGUGAAUGUUGAAUUAUGUAUUGACCGUGUUUGCUGAUCUCGGUUGUGUUCAAUGGCCUUUGUUUUGGUGGGUUAUUUUUUGUUGCUACGUUACACCUUCCAGCCUUUUGGCUUCACCAAUGUUUAGUAUUACAAUACAUUUAAGUCAGAAAUAUUGUCUCAGACACAUCUAUUCAACUCACUACAAAGUCAUGCCUAGUAUUAAUAGUGAAACAUGAUUGUUUUCACAAGGAAUAAAUAACAGUGAUCGCCCUGUCCAUGAAGAUGCUUUGUUCAAAUAUGUAUCAACAGUUAUCUCCCCUGUUUCAGUUCACUUGCAUUUUGGUGAUCAGUUCUUUUUUGUGCAACUGAUAUUUUGAAAUAUUUUGUCAAUGCUGAAUAACUUUUAAAUGCAUCACCUAUUUAUAAUGAUGUUCAUUGUUUUGGUCGCAAUUUACUGUGAAGUCAUUCACCCAAUCUUUAAGCAAUAUUGCACUCAAAUUUUGAAGUUUGUAAAUUCUUGAUACAUAAUGAGCCUAGAAUAUGUUGAUUAGGUGGUCUAGUUGUGCCUUUUGGAAUUCAGGAUUUUGAUCUUGAUACAUUUUGUAGGAAUAGUCAAUCCAGAUAUUUUGACUCUGAUAAGAUACCUCUCUGCAUGAAGAUGUUAUGAUACCUUCAUAAGAGGUCAUGUCACAUGAAUUGUCUCAUCACCUGAUUAGAAAUCAGGCAUCUUGGUAUUUGGGUAGCCUAGUGAUCGUCGCGCCCAAGACCCGGGUUCAAUCCGGGUACAAUGUGUGAAGCCUAUUUUGAGUGAUCCUAGGAUAAUGCUGGGUUAUUGCAAAAAGCAGCAUAAAUCCAUACUCUCUCACACACUUGCUCAUUGAGGCUUCUAAAUUUUUUGAGAAGGUAAAGCUUUCAGGCCAUCUUGAUAUCUGCAUCUCAAGGUUCACUGGACUUCUACCUAUGGAGUUGUAUUCUGAUAUUCACGCAGAGAAAUAUCGUAUAUGAGUGAAAGAUCUGAUUUUAAGAGAUUGGGCAUUGACAUCCACAAGUUCUGCUUCAAGUUUGGUAAUAAUACAGACGAAUGUCAAAUCAGAAGUUUCACUUCCUCUGCUCCACGUUGCACCAGUAACUCUUGUUCUGAAGCUGAUAUAAUGGAAGCUGCAGUUUAGACCUUCCUUUAACCAGUGGAAAGAAGCUCUUAACUUCCUGAAGUAUUGUCCCAGUAACUAGGCAAAGAUCUGUUUCUCUUUCAGCUUGUGACAUUGUCAGUUUCACAAUCAUGAUCAAAAUAUUCCUUUAUGCAUACUUUUUUACAUACACAUUUUUUGUGAUCAUGCAAAACAUAUUCCUGAUAUUUUUAGAGACUGAACAAAAUAAUCUCUCGGGGGGGGGGGUUUGCAAAUUUGCGAACAACUAUUUUUUUGUCAUGUCUUCAACCACAGUCUGAUGUAAGAAGGUAUAAAGUUUAAAGAAGUUGUGAAUCCCGAAUUUGAAUUUUAUUUGAGCAUUUUCCAAUCUCUUUAAUAUGUGAUCUUACUGCUUCCAACUGCGAAACAAAGAUCUGGGGACGUUCCAUUAUGGGUCAUGUCAGAACUUCCUUUUAUCCAAGCAUUGUCAAAAUAUUUUUCAAAGCGCUGUCUUUAAUGGAAGUCGCCAGUUUUAAACCAGUGCCGUAAAUCUUGAGAAAGUUGCUUUCUGAUUGGCUAAUGUCAUCAUCUUGUUAGUCAUUUCAGUGAUCAUUCCAGUUUCGCGUAAAGGUCGUACUGCUGUCUUAUUGUGUAGUCAUUACUUACUGUAGAGGUUUCAGGGUCCAUACAUACUUGAACAAUGCUGGAAUGUAACCCUGUUCUAUGAAAAGUA